AUGGUAAACACAAAGGCUAAACACAAAGGUGUUAUAAUAACUCAAGGAAUCUCCAAACAGUUCAGCAAACAGUUACCCAGAAAAGGAUCUUCUAUAGGCACAAACAAUAUUAUACAGGCUAUUUUAGAUUUGCCAACCAUGGCGAAAGAAAAUGUCGCUGAAUUGCGUCAGAUCACGGAUGGUGCUACUCGACAUAUUCACGCCCUUCAGGCGUUAAAACGCCCCACAGCGCAGUGGGACGAUUUACUUGGCGAGCAUCUCAUCUAUCAUUGCGAAAAGCUCAUAGCAUUACCCGUUCCGCAAAGGAUUGCGGAAAUCAAAAAGCGCAAAAUUUGUAUUAACUGUUUACGAUCGGUGGAUCAUACAUCAAAUAAAUGCCCUUCUGGCAAUUGCAAAAUUUGCAAGGCCAAGCAUAACACGUUGCUUCACCUUGCUGCUGCCACGUCGGUCAAGUCCGACAUCUCCGAAUCAGUUGAUCGUGGAUCAGUAGACGCGCCGGCUCUAGCCACCUCUUCUGCUCCCGUUGUUAUGAGCGGUCUCGCGACUCCGGAUCGCAGCGACGUCAUGCUCUCGACCGUUCUCGCUUAUGUUUACGACGCAAACGGUUGUCGCAGAGCAUGCCGUGUCUUAUUAGAUUCGGGCUCUCAGAUUAACUUUAUCUCGCGGCACCUCGCAGACGCUCUCGAUAUUAAAACACGUUCCUCGGACAUUUCAAUUUCGGGAAUAAACAAUGUUACCACGCGAGCUUUCCAAGCGGCUGAAAUACGGCUGCACUCGCGCACGAAUUCAUUCAGCAUUCUAGUCGAUUGCAUUGUUACCGAACAUGUAACCGGCAAACUUCCGGCUUUCACGCUUAAAAGAAAUGCCUUCGAAAUACCGGCUAAUCUCGAAUUAGCCGAUCCGCAGUUCCACGUCUCGUCUGAGAUAGACGUUUUAAUCGGCGCGGAACAUUUUUGGAGCUUGCUCUGUAUCGGUCAAAUCAAGGCAACGCCCUCACAUCCUACCUUACAGAAGACACGCUUCGGGUGGAUAUUGGCGGGUCGAUUGCACACUGCACCGAAAGCAGCUUCACAUGUGCACUCUCUUCAUGCUUCAAUAAGCAACAAGCAGUUGCACGAGCAAUUAUCUCGUUUUUGGGACGUAGAGAAUCUCGGCAGUUUCCAAUCAUUAUACCUCAGAGGAAGCUCAGUGGAGAUCGCCUUAAAACGCCUCGGUGGCAUUGAAAGGCGUCUUAGCCGCGACUCGGAAUUAAAAACGCGAUAUUCGCAAUUCAUAAAUGAAUACAAUACACUAGGUCAUAUGAAAUUAAUUUCCGACCCCCCCGAGGAUCCAAAGUCCUUCUACUUACCGCAUCAUUGCAUCGUUAAGGCGCCCGCCGCCAAUAAAUUUCGCGUUGUCUUCGACGUCUCCGCCAAGGACGCGGCUGGCAUAUCAUUGAACGACACGCUUAUGGUCGGUCCUACCGUACAGCAAGAUCUAUUUACUAUACUGUUGCGAUUUCGUAUACAUCGUUUCGCAUUUUCGGCCGAUAUCGUUAAAAUGUAUCGCCAAAUUCCAGUGCAUCCGUCACAAACACGCUAUCAGCGCAUUCUUUGGCGAGAUGAUUUCACUUCUACAGUGGCAACAUACGAGCUUUCCACCGUAACAUACGGUACCUCUUCCGCGUCGUUUUUGGCCACGCGAUGCCUCACAUGGUUAUCCGAGCAUUACGCUGGCGAUUGGCCUAAUGGCUCCAAGUGUGUCGAGUGCGACUUCUAUGUUGACGACAUGCUCACGGGAGCCGACACGAUAGACGAGGCAUUAAUAAUACGCGACGAAGCAAUUAAGGUAUUACGUUGUGGUGGCUUCGAGCUUGGAAAAUGGGCAUCCAGCGCUCCCGAAUUAUUGACGGGAAUCAAGGAUCAAAAUAACGCACCGGUUGCAAUCCCCAAUAACUCGGAAUCGUCCAUCUUGGGCAUUCAUUGGAUGCACUCUAGCGAUGCAUUCAGUUUCUCUUAUAACCCCGGGGACAACUCCGCGAUAAUUUCCAAGCGAGCCAUCUUGUCCGAUACUUCCAAACUUUAUGAUCCCCUCGGUCUAGUAGGUCCAGUCGUCGUGCGGGCAAAGCUAAUUUUACAAGAGCUUUAG